AUGGCUUCCAAGCUUUCCUUUGGAAUCCCCAUGGGCGGCUUCAUGGAGCUUCAUGACCGACACAAGCAGUCCGCCCUGCAGGGGCACUUCGUUGCGGCAACAGGAGAAAGGUGCUCGAGCAAUCUUAGACUGCAGACUGACAUGCAAUCAGAAUUCGUCGGGACCUUUCUCUUCCUGUUCUUCGCCUUCCUCGGCCACAGCAUGAGCGUUGUCUCUGCACCACAUUACGCAGCGGACGGCUCGAACAGCAACCAGACAGUCAUCUACAUCGCACUCAGCUAUGGCCUUCCCCUCCUCGUCACCGCAUGGGACCUCUUCCGCGUAUCUGGUGGCCUCUUCAACCCAGCUGUCACCCUGGGCCUUGUCAUGACCGGGCAGCUGCCAUGGAUACGAGGCGUUAUCUUCUUUCCCGUUCAGCUACUUGGAGGUGUCUGUGCCGCUGCUGUAGCCAAUGCCAUCAUCCCCGGCGACAUCGCUGUCACGCAGACGACUCUGGGCAAUGGAGUCAGCGUAGUCCAGGGGCUGUUCUCGGAGAUGCUUCUUACGUCCCUGCUGGUAUUCACUAUCCUUAUGCUAGCUGUGGAGAAAUCGAAAGCUACCUUCAUGGCUCCCAUCGGUAUUGGUAUGGCACUGUUCGUCACACAGAUUGCGGGCGUCUACUACACGGGAGCUUCACUCAACCCCGCUCGCUCCUUCGGUCCAUGUGUGGCCGCUGCCAAUUUCCAGGGCUAUCACUGGAUCUACUGGGUUGGACCAUUCCUCGGUGCUGCCGUUUCUGGAGGCUACUGGCACUUUGUCAAGUUCUCCAACUAUGAAGAAGCCAAUCCCGGGCAAGCCAGCGCGAAGGGCGCAUUUGCCGACGAUAUCGAUGCGGCUCGCGGUGCCCAGCGCAUGCUAAGCACCUCAACCGCUUGA